AUGCCCGUUCCGACCGUCGAUCACUACGACCAGGAAGCCAGCCACGGCACCGACCGAACACAAUCAAAUGGGAGUGUCUCCCUCGGUUCGAUCGCUAAUAGCAAUGGGGAGCGUAACAUCGGAACCGGAUCCGGCGGUGCAAUCAGCGCACCUGGGUCAUCCGCCGCGCAGAGCGAACCUCUGAGUCGAGAGGAGGCGGAUCGACUUUACGAAGAACGAAUGGAAGAAGAGUACGCAAAGAGAGAAGGAGGUGCUUGA